CUCUCUGAUCUUCAAUUCCAUCUAACUACUAACUCCCAUCUUUCAAGCUUUCAACCAUUCCCUCCUCUCCCUUCAAAUCACCUUAAACCCUAAACCAAAUUUCUUUAUUCUCUCUUCCCAUCAAACCCAAAGCUAAUCAAGGCAGUUGUAUUAGCCUAGCCAUGCUGCUGCUGCUGCGGUGUUCUCUUUUCUUGGCUCUCUUGGCCAUGGCGGCAUCUCAGACGGUGUCUAUAUACCAAGUUCUGAGAGACAACGGGCUGCCGAUGGGGCUGCUGCCCAGCGGCGUGACGAACUAUAGCCUGGAUAGUUAUGGGCGGUUCGAGGUGCAUUUAGGGCAGGCGUGUAAUGCGAAGUUCGAGGACGAGAUCCACUUUGAUAUGGAGGUUUCGGGGACUUUGAGGUUUGGGCAGAUCGAGGAGCUGGGCGGGAUUGCGGCGCAGGAUUUGUUCUUGUGGUUCCCUGUUAAGGAAAUCCGGGUGGAUGUGCCCAGUUCUGGGGUGAUUUAUUUUGAUGUGGGAGUGGUGUCCAAGCAGUUCUCUUUGUCCUCGUUUGAGACUCCUAGAGAUUGUACCGCCAUUGUUGUUCAUCCUGAACAUCUUAUCCCCCUUCCAAUUGCCCAUGAUGAUGAUGAUGAUGAUGAUGAUCGUUUUCUUUUGCUUGAUUCUUAGAGACGUCUAUACGGGGCCAAUAGAAGCUCGAUGAAGAUCAGAAGAACAUUACAACAUGCAGGGCUGUUUUGUAGUAGAAUAUAUGAAUUGAAUAUACAUACAUGUUGCGUUGCAUGAUAGCUAGCUAGCUAAACCAAAGUCAUCAUAAACUUUUUGACGAUAUUGUGGGCGUGGUUUUGCCCCAUUCUUUAAACUUUAUUGUUUUCUUUCUUCUAUAUGAAAAAAAAAAUAAAAAG